UGUGUUCACAUUGCACAAUUACAGGAAAUGACCUGUGGAUGGAGCAAGACUUCUGUUGCAGCCUUUUAGAAGAAAUGACCUGCUGGGAGUUUCCCCAAGCACCAUGCCAGUCUCUCUCUGCCCCUGACCCCAGCAGGGAGGCUCAGCAUAAAUACCAGCCUCCUCUCACUGACAGCCACAGCCACCCAUCUCUGCCCAUCAGACAUCAGGUGAGGGACAAACCUAUGCACAGAUACUUAGUGUGUGCUGGGUUUCAGCAAGUGUGCUUUCCUCCCAAGGGAAUUCCUCACUUCACUUCCAUUCACCUGGUGUGGGAUUUGUGCCGGCUGAGGGGGCACAAUGCUUCUUGCUGAAUCAGAGGCUCCUGGAGGGAGUGGUGAUCUCUGCUCCUGCAGCUGCAUCGGAGCUGCCUGCUGCCUUCAUAAACAGUUCAGCAGGCAGGAUGGGGUCAGAACUGAGACCUUGUGGCUCUGAGCGGGGUCCUGCUGUGAGGUCUCCAGGGGCCACUGCUAGGACACUACUGAACAUCAGUAAGACAGAACAACCAGGGCGUCUGUGGAUGAGACACCCGAGAGGGAGGCGCCAGACUGUGGGCGUCUCCUUCAGCCUGUCCUUUCAUUUCAGCAGGAUGAAGCUUCUCACUGGACUCAUUUUCUGCUCCUUGGUCCUGGGAGUCAGCAGUCAAAGCUGGUUUUCAUUCCUUAGCGAGGCUUACCAUGGGGCUGGGGAUAUGUGGCGAGCCUACUCUGACAUGAAGGAGGCCAACUGGAAAAACUCAGACAAAUAUUUCCAUGCUAGAGGGAACUAUGAUGCAGCCCAAAGGGGACCAGGAGGAGCCUGGGCUGCUGAAGUCAUCAGUGAUGCAAGAGAGGGCUUUCAGAGUCUCAUAGGCCGUGGACACGAGGACUCUAUGGCUGACCAGGAAGCAAACAGAUGGGGCCGCAGUGGCAAGGACCCCAAUCACUACAGACCUAAAGGACUGCCUGACAAAUACUGAGCAUCCUCUUUAUUGCUCCAGGAGGCUGUGAUGUGGGCCCUGAGGACAGGGUCUGGGGUUCUUCUUUCUCAUGAACACUGGAGUUGCUUGGGAACACACAAUAGUUAUCUCACAUGAAUAUGGACCAAGAGUUUCAAAACUGUUAUUCUUGGAGUAGUAACUACUUGCUUGAAAAGAGGGUAAUAAACACUAACAUGGAAGUGGAGCUGAGCCUGAGUAUCUGUCAUUGAAGGACAUUUCUGGGUUCACACAGGGCAGACACCACUCUCACAGAAUCUGGCAUGAUCCCUUCUCUGGGCUCCUGUGCUAUGGGUAUGUUGUUAUUUUCAGGCCUUCCCAUGUCCAGGCCCUUACUCCCUGUCAACCAUGUCCAGUCACCUGUUCUCAUACCACAGCCUUGUGCUCCCUGUCUCUGGGGACCAGGUACACAACCAUAGGAGGACUUGCCCUGCAGCUAUCACCUGAUCUUGCUCACUCCUCAGCAGCACCUAGACAAAUCCAGUAUCGCACAACUUCUCCAUCCUAAGAAAUAUUCCCAAGUAGUUUCCUCUCGUCUUAGGUCACUAUUUCUGUGAGAAAAUACUAUGGCCAAAGCAACUUAGAGAAGGAACAGUUUGUUUGGCUUACACUUCCACAUCACUGAAGGAAGUCAGGGCAGGAACUCAAACAGAGCCAGAACCUUGUGUCAGGAGCUGAUGCAGAGGUCAUGGAGAGGUGCUGCUUACUGGUUUGCACCUCAUGGCUUGUUCAGCUGGCUUCCUCAUAGAACCCAGGACCACCAUCCCAGGGAUGGCACCACCCACAAUGGCUGGGCCCUCCCCCAUCAAUCACUAAGAAAAUGCCUACAGCCAGAUCUUAUAGACACAUUUUUAAUUGAGGCUCCCUCUUCUCCAAUGACCCUCUUGUGUCCAGUUGACACAAACCCAGCCAGCACACCUCUGCUUGGCUUACAUUGAGUCCAGAGAAAUAUCACAGGGAAAACUGUGUCUGGAGAUACAGACACAGCAUCAACACCAAGAUGCAGCCCGUUUGUGUGGCCUUUGACAUCCUUGUUCUGGGGAAAAGCCACUGUCCUUCUAAGCAUAUUCUGGCUGUACAACCUACACACUCCUCAGGAGUCUGGGCACUUUCCUUCUUAGAUAGGAAUUCUGAAUGCUUUUCUCGUAUUGCACCUCUAAGAAAUAGAUGACCUGGCCUUUCCAAACUAGUGAACAGACUUCUCUGUCCACAUGUUCUACUUGUCACAUGCUGAGAGGUGGUGGUUGUUGAGACAGGGUCUCACAGUGUUACUCAAGCUAGUCUUGAACACAAGAGAUCCUCCUGCCUCAGGCUCCCAAGUUCUGGGAUUACAGGCAUGUGCCAGCACACCAGACUGUUUAAAAAUGUUUUAUAUGAGUAUGGUGUGUGGGAGUGUACUGUGCUGGCUGGUCUGAUGUCAAUUUGACACAAGCUAGAGUCAUCAGAGAGAAGGAAAUCUCAAUGGAGAAAAUGUCUCCAAAAGGUCCUGCUGGAGGCUGUGUAACUUGGUCUUCAUAUGAGACUCCUAACAGUGAGAGCAGGGGCUGUCUCUGACUGUGUUGCCUGCUUUGGAAUCCAGCCAUAACAGAAGAGGAGGUGCCUAAUCUCGCUGCAACUUGAUAUAUCAUGGCUUACUGAUAUCUAGGGAUGCCUGCCUGCAUCUGAUGAGAAACAGUGGGGGAGUGGAUGCGGGGCGGGGGCGUGUAGGAACUGGGAAGAGGGGAGAGAGGGGAAACUUUGAUUUGAUUGUAAAAACAAAUUUAUAUAUACACAGACAAAAAAAAACCCACACAAAUUAAAAAUAUCUAGCUGUAGGGUAUUUUCUUAAUUAGUGGUUUAUAGGAGAGGGCCCAGCCCAUGCAGAUGAUGCCAUCCAUCAGCUGGUGGUGCUGGGUUCUAUAAGGAAGCAGGUUGAGCAAGCCAUGAUGAGCAAGCCGGUAAGCAGCACCCCUCCAUGGCCUCUGCAUCAUCUCCUGCAUCCAGGUCCCUGUCUUGUUUGAGUUCCUGUCCUGACUUCCUUCAAUGAUGGACUAUGAUUAUAAGUGUAAGUCAAAUAAACCCUUUUCUCCCCAACUUGCUUUUGGUCAUGAUGUUUCAUCACAGCAAUGGUGACCCUAUGACAUGUGUAUGUUCAUGCUUGCAAGUGUGUGGAGGUACAGAAGACUCUUGGUUGAUGUUGGCUGUUGUCCUACUUUGUUUCUCUGUUGCUGUGAUUAAUACUUUAACCAGUUGUGGGGGAAAGGGUUUACCAGGCUUAUAGGUUACAGUCUGUCACCAAAGGAAACCGAGGCAAGAACCUAGAGGCCGUCACUGAAACAGAGACCACAGUGGAGCACUGUUUCCUGGCUCUAGUUUGUGUACAGUUGACAACAACUAACCGGCAUGGGUAUCUUCCUCAGUCGCUUGCACUUCUGUUUACUGAGGCAGUUCUCUCUGAAGCUGCAGCUUGCCUUCUCCUGCUGGCUCUCUGUCCUUGCUCCCUGGGCACUGGGGUUAGAGGCAGCUACCACACCUGCCCAGCUUUUAUGUGGGCCCUGGGAAUGCAAACUCUAGUCCUCAUGCUUCUCAGACAAGUGCUACCCACUGAACCACCCUCUCCCACACGGUGCAGACUUGAAUGUCUCUCAUAUUUAUAAAGCCUUGGAAGGCUUGCUUUAUUCAGCCUCACAGCUCGUCCUUUCUCUGAUCUUUUGUUCUCUUUUCUUGCAUUUCAUGAAAAUCUAGAACCCGACUUGGGGCCUCUCUGCUGUAGGAAUCUGACCACGGACUUGCCUCCUCAGUACUACACUCUCCGGGAGUCAAGUCCACGGCCACACUACCCUCAAGGCCAGUGCUUUGAGCAUGGUCACAGAGCCACCCUGCCACCACUGUCUCCCCAAUCUCAUUUAUUCUGCCCCCAACUCCUUUUGUCCUAACUCUGAGACAGCGCUUAUCCCCUCUCCCUCACCUCUGUUGGAACCUCCUCACAGGAACUGGAGAUGUUCUGUUGGGAACUACUCUACUCUAUGUUCACAUUUCCUUUAUUCUUUCAGUGUUUGGUUUUUCUCUAACAGGGUCUCACUAUGCAGUCCUGACUGUCCUGGAACUCACUAUGUAAACCAGGCUGUCCUCAAAUUUACAGAGAUCUGCCGCUUCUGCCUCUCAAGUGCUGAGACUAAAGGCUUGUGCCACUAUGCCCAGCUCAUUUAUUCUUUUCAGUUGUCUUUCCUCUGAAAAUAUAACUUCACUCAUCUCCUCCCCUGAAGAGUACUCAAUUCCACUUUGAGCCCCCGUGCCCUCCUGUGAUUUGUCUUCUCUGCCAGAAGAGGGCGCUGCCAAGGCAAGCCCGAAAUAAGACCCCUGCUUCUGUACACUUGGCUUCUUUCCAGCUGGUGUUUCUGGGACCCCCGGUACCCCUCACCCCAGAGAGUUUUAGACUAACAAAAUCCAAGUCUGCUUCCCACAGGUUCAGUGGCAGCCCAGCUAGAUUGCCAAGGGAUUCAGAAGUACGUAUCUUACCUUUCUUUCCAUGGCUGGUUCUCCCUGCCCCUCCCUGGCAGUGCCCUGUUGGGGGCAACUUCCCAGGAAGGCUGUUAAAACCCCAGCUAACUGCCUGGUCAGUUAGAAAAAAACAGCUACUCUCCUGGAUUCGUCCUUUCCAAAUAAAUCUCUUUCUCAAAAUCUUCAUUCACUGAUGCACAGAAGAACCUUGCUGGGACAUCCCAUAGUGGAUUGAGCAAGGGGGAGCUGAACAGAAGAUCUUUGCUGAGACAUCCCUCAGUGGACAGAGCAGACUUUUCUCCUGAGCCUGAGGGGAUUGUUACAUUUCUGCAAUUUCUUAGGCCAGAGAAGCAGAGCUCUGCUGGGAAGCCCCCUUAAGUGGGUGCUGAGCAAAGCUCAGCUGUAGCAGCUCUCCAGGAGAGGAGCAGGAUUGCUAUAUCCUGCGAGGAGACCAUCCCCAUCACACCAGGUACAGUCUGACUUUCCCCAACAGUCAGGAUACCCUUCUCUGCUGAAGCAGUUCCAGCUGUCACAGCUGUGCUAAACAGGACACCUUCAGGGCAGAGCUGUUGUUCUGAGCAACUCGAGGUGUCCAGGAUACCUCGCCCUCCAGGGCUGAACUGUCUUCUUGUAGUUCAGCCAUCAGAGCUAUCCUAAGCAUCUCAAGGUGUUGCCUGACUCCCAGGUAGUCAGGACACCUUUCCCAGAGUUGCAAAACUCAUGUUUUGGUGCCAAAAUCCGGGACCAAACCCAGACUUGUUGCAACCAAUUUACUUAAUUGUUGGUGCUGAAACCCAGGACCAAACCCACAGAGUUGCAAACAAUUUACUUACACACAGUGCUUUUCCUGCUACCUGCAGAUCAAGAUGUAGAACUCUCAGCUCCUUCUCCAGCACCAUGUCUGCCUGUGCACUGCCAUGCUCUCCACCAUGAUGAUAAUAAACUGAACCUCUGAAACUGUAAGUUAGCACCAAUUAAAUGUUUUCCUUUAUAAUAGUUGUCAAGUUAUUGGUGUCUGUUCACAGCAGUAGAAACUCUAAUUAAGACAGUGCUGUCAUCCCUCUUCUCGGCUCCCAGGCCUUAUACCCUUUAGCUACCACCUCAUUUUGUCUUUGGGAAGAGGAACCCCUGGAGUCCUGGCAAUUGAUACACUGGUCUCUCCACCCUUAUUCCUGACUCAAAGUACAACCCUUGCACUGUGAGGUCUAAGGGACCUUUUUCCUAUGGUUCAAACUCAGUCUCUAAAACCAUAGAACUGAAACACUAUUCCAUGAGUACCCUCUGGCAUUGCAGGAGAAGGGAAGCUGACUCUGCCUGGAGCUGUUUCCACUGCACACCUCACAGGCGGCUUCCUCUAGCUCACAUCUUUCACUGAGGUAAGGCUAAAUUGCUGUGACAACAAUAACUCCAAAUACUGAAGCUUAUGGAACCUACAGAUGCACCUCACACUUAGCAGUUUAGGGCCCAUAUCUCAGCCACCACGGGCUUCAGCUCUGCACUACACAUUCCUUCCAAGCUGUUUUACCACACUGCAGUCUUGCACCUCAAAUUAUGAUCUGAAGGCCAGAAACAUCAGUCACCUUCAAUCUUGUCAGAAGUACAAAACCUCAGGAUCCCCACCAGUUCUGUUGUGACAUUUAGGAUCACCUCAUUUGUGAGUACCAUGAAAACCAGAAAUGCGGGUGCCCUACUACAGAAACCAUUUAGAAUUUCAAGAUUGAGGAAACAGAGCACUAAGUCAAGAGCAGGAGCUCUCCCAAGCAGCAGAUUCUGUUACUGUGAGUGCACAUGGGGCUUCCUGGGGGUAUAAAGGCCAAUUGAGUCCCAAGGCAUUCCCAAAGCAUAUCCACAAGGUCACACAUACCCAUGAAAUAGUACAGUUUACUAUGAAAUGUUACUCAAUGGGAGGGUUGAAAAUACUAUGACAUAGCUGGGCAGUGGUGGCGCACGCCUUUAAUCCCAGCACUUGGGAGGCAGAGGCAGGCAGAUCUCAGUGACCCAUUUACCUGUUCUACAUGGAGUGUCAGUUCUUACUCCUGGGCAGGUGGCUCUACACUCAGUUCCUAGGUGCC